AUGGCUAACCCCAGCCCCGCUCUGGCCACGUCCAGUCCCCUCCCCAACGCGGCCACCAGCAGGACACCCUGGGUGGACACACCACCACUCCCUGAAAAUGCAGCUACAGAGGGAGGCGGGGGCAGGUCCCAGCGGGCAGGAGAUGGCAACUCCACGCAGCCAGCUCCAGGCUUAGCCCCGGCUGAAAACGCAGAGACGGGAGUGGUGACAGGUACCCCCCACAGCAGUGACACCGCCCUGGGGACAGCCCUCCUGGUGUCACCCCCUGCCACAGCCAGCAUCGCUGCUCGGCCAAGCGUGGCUGCGUUGGACCACAGGUAUCGCACUGCUGAGCCCACCACAAACAUCGGCGUGGACUCGGACAUGGACAUGGCUUCUCCCACCACCCAGAACGGGGCUGUGGGGCUGCCCCUGGGGCUGCCCACUCCUGUGGCUGGGGUGGCUGAGCCAGGCACCAGCGAUGUCACCUGGUCAGCACUCUCUACACCCAACAGCAAAAGCCCUACGGCAGUGGCCAUCAUGGCUGCAGGCGCAGCCCCGGGGCCAGCCACAGCACCUUCACCCGGCCUCACUCACAGCACUGCUGAGCCAGAUGUCAGCUUGUCCCCUCCUGUCCCUGGGAACACCCGUCUGGUGGUGGUAGCAUCCUCCAUCACCCCCCGCAUCACCAUUACUGGUCCAGCAGCAGGAGCAGCGGCGCCGGGGGUGCAGCACCCACAACCAGCACCAACGGCACCCACGUGCCUGUCUCCAACACCGCUGGCACAAGUCCGGCAGCCACGCCAACUGCCAGCAGUGAGCUCGUCACGUCCCGGCACCUGGACAGGUCUAGGGGUAUCCGCACUGCAGGAGACAACAGCCACGACCGCCGGCAGCACCUCAGCCAUCACUGCAGAGAACACCAUGGCCAUCACUACUGGCAGCACCAAGGACACCACUGCCAGCAGCACAAUGGCCAUUGCUGCAGGGAGCACCACGGCCAUCGCUACAGACAGCAACACGGCCAUCACUGCAGGGCUCACCAUGGUCAUGACAGCAGGCAGAACCACAGCCAUCGCU